CAUUUAGCCCUAAAAUAAUGUCCUCAUGACAAAUUGUGAUUUGAUUCAUUCUAAAUAGUAGGCUAUUCAUUCUCAUUCCAUACACAGCACUGCAAACACUCAUCCUGAAUAGAAAUCGCUCAGAUAACGAACUAAAACUAAUAUAAACCUUUGGAGAAAAAAGUGUUUUGCUGAGCCAUAUAAGGCAAUUAUAGUUUACUGCUGUAGAAAUAAAUAUUGAAAUGGUUUUUUUCACUCGUUUAAUAAUGAUGGAAUGCACAGCAACUUGAUUAUAUUAUAUUGUAUUCUUUAUUGUACACUUCUAAGACGUGAAAUUGUAUUUUACCAAAAGUGAUUCACCCCUACACAUUCGACUGUGCUGUAUUUUCCAGAGGUGCAUGCCACAGUGUCUGUGACGCCAUGACUUCUAAUGUAAUCUGAGUCUCCAACAAAUGAGAAUGUGAGAUUUUGGGGGAACAGCAAGAACAAGAUGGCUGGCCCGGGACAAGGAAAAUGUUUGGCUUCUUUUCCAUAAACGAGGCAUUUCGUUGAUAGUUUUCAGUUUCAUUAGUAAAUGUUUAGUCUACAAAUUAGUUUUGUAACUAUAUAUAUUUGUUGUUGUUGAUAUACCUACUUUUGCAAUAGUUUGAUCUAAAACUACGCAGACGCUCACUUUCUUGAAGACAAACUUUAGUUCUGUUAUUUUUCUUCCUUAGUAAGCCAUUUACGUUUCGAAGUAUAUUUGCUGUGAACAGGAACAUAUACAAAUAAUCAAAAUGAGUUCAUCUUUUUCCCGAAAUUGUUUUGCAGAGUUUGAACUUGGGCAACUUUCUUACAUAUUUUAAUGUGUGCGUAAACAUUUCCUUUCUGAUAUGCGCGUCAAGGGUGACAUAAACAUAGCACUUGUUAGUGGCUAGAGACAUAAUUGAUUUUAACGUUUUGUAAAUGUAGUUAGUCUGGCCUUUAAAAGCUUUUCAGUGAAUUGGACUAACAAUGAGCUCGACUCGGGUGAGAUCACAACAACCGCAGCAGAAUCAGGCUAGCAGGUCCGCCACGGGCGCAGCGGGUGCGUCCUUGCCGCACAGAUUGGACACAAGCGAGGGGAUUGAGAUGGAGAACAUACAGCACCAGGACUUGGGGCUCGGGGGCGCCAUAGGCACACCAUCACCCCCCUCAAGACAAGCCUGGAGUCGGGACAACCCGGGGUUCGAACCGGAGGAUGAGAUGAUGGGGGCCGAUUGGCCUCCGGCUAGCCCGGGGAGAAGAUCAGUGUCCACGGGCUCCAGCAGUAGCUGCAGCAGCGGGUUGGGAAGUUACACCGCUGGAGGGAGCAGCACCCGCAUCCACCGUGGAUUAUACCCGACGCCGACAGUGGAUGCCCUGCAGCAAGACAGGCAUGACAUCAAAAGCUGUGGGAAGAGGAUACUGGAGAAAAUAAGAAUUCUAUGGGGUACUCAGCUGAUGGAGGACAGUGACAGCAGCAGAGAGAGGUACCUGAGGAACGUCCUGAGAGAAAUGGUCACCUACGUCAUCUUCCUUAUCACACUGUGUAUCUUGACCUAUGGGAUGGUGGGCUCCAACAUGUACUACUACACCAAGGUGAUGUCCCAGCUCUUCCUGGAUACACCACUGUCCCCGGGGGAAACAGCCACAUUCAGAAGCCUCUCAACUAUGGGUGAAUUCUGGAAGUUCACAGAGGGUCCCUUCCUGAACGGGAUGUAUUGGGAAGUAUGGUACAACAACAAGAGUCUCCCUGAGAACCACAGUAUGAUCUACUAUGAGAACCUGCUACUGGGGGUGCCCCGCCUCCGCCAGGUCAAAGUUCGCAACGAAUCCUGCUCCGUGCACGAGGACCUUAGGGAUGAGGUGCAGGACUGCUACAACAUGUACACCCCGAGCAACGAGGACAGCGCCCCCUUUGGCCCCAUGAACGGAACUGCGUGGAUGUACACAGAGGAGAACAGCCUGAAUGGGAGUAGUUACUGGGGCCAGGUGGCUACCUACGGUGGAGGGGGUUACUACCAGGACCUGGCCCGUUCCAGAGAUGAGUCAGCUGGCUUGCUACGCUCCCUAAAACACCAGCUGUGGCUGGACAGAGGAACCAGAGCCGUCUUCCUGGACUUCUCCGUCUACAACGGCAACAUCAACCUCUUCUGUAUUGCCAGGUUGGUGGUGGAGUUCCCCGCUACAGGAGGCGUAGUCACUUCCUGGCAGUUUCAGACGGUGCGUCUGAUUCGCUACAUGUCCAGCUGGGACUACUUUGUCGGGGUGUGUGAGGUGGCCUUCUGCCUCUUCAUCCUGUACUACGUGGUGGAGGAGGCCCUGGAGAUACGCCUCCACCGCCUGCGCUACUUCAAGAGUGUGUGGAACUGCCUGGAUGUCCUCAUCGUUGUGUUGAGUGUUUCUGCCAUAAUCAUCAACAUCACCAGAACAUCAGUGGUGAGCAAUCGUCUCAAAGACCUUCUGGAGAACCACAGUGCCCACCCCAGCUUCGAGCCUCUGGCACACCUCCAGGUUACGUUCAACAACAUGGCCGCAGUCAUCGUCCUUUUCUCCUGGGUGAAGCUCUUCAAGUUCAUCAACUUCAACAAGACCAUGAGCCAGCUGUCCACUACCAUGUCUCGCUGUGCCAAGGACCUCAUCGGCUUCGCCAUCAUGUUCUUCAUCAUCUUCCUGGCCUACGCUCAGCUGGCCUACCUGGUGUUUGGCACCCAGGUCAAUGACUUCAGUACCUUCCAAGCCUGCAUUUUUACCCAGUUCCGCAUCAUCCUGGGAGACUUUGAGUUCUCUGAGAUAGAGGAGGCUAACCCAGUCCUGGGACCCAUCUACUUCAUCACCUUUGUCUUCUUCAUCUUCUUCAUCCUCAUGAAUAUGUUCCUGGCCAUCAUUAAUGACACCUACUCAGAGGUGAAGGCAGACAUGUCCCAGCAGAGGUCUGAGAUGGAGAUGACGGACCUCAUUAAAAAGGGCUGUAACAAAGCCUUGAUGAAGCUGAGACUGAAGAAGACCACUGUGGAUGACAUCUCAGACAGUCUGCGCCAGGCCGGUGGGAAACUCAACUUCGGCGAGCUCCGCCAGGACCUCAAAGGAAAGGGCCACACGGAUGAGGAGAUUGAGGCCAUCUUUGCCAAAUAUGACCACGGUGGGGACCAGGAGCUGACUGAGCACGAACACCAGCAGAUGAGGGACGACCUAGAGAAAGAGAGAGAGGACCUGGAUCUGGAGCGCAGCUCGUUGCCCAGACCCACCAGUGGGCGGAGCUUCCCCCGUAGCCAUGACGACUCGGAGGAGGAUGACGACGAGGACAGCGGUCACAGCUCCCGUCGCCGCGGCAGCAGCUCAGGAGGCGUGCCCUACGAAGAGUUUCAAGUGCUGGUGCGUCGUGUUGACCGGAUGGAGCACUCCAUAGGUAGUAUAGUGUCUAAGAUCGAUGCAGUGAUUGUGAAGCUGGAGGCCAUGGAGAGAGCUAAGCUCAAGAGGAGAGACGUGCUGGGAAAACUGCUGGAGGGGGUGCUGGAGGAUGAGAGGCAGGGUCGGGACAUGGACGUCCAGAGAGAGCAGAUGGAGCGGCUGGUAAGGGAGGAGCUAGAGCGCUGGGAGUCUGAUGACACUGUCUCACAAGUCAGCCAUCACCAGCCCGCCAUUGCCAUUGGUCCAGGAGCCCAACCACGUCCCCGCCCCUCCUCCUCCCUUUCUACUGAUGGGGUGGAUGCUGGGGGUAAUGGGAGUGGCCACGUGUAAAACUCCGCCCACCAGAAAGUUACACGGUAACGAGAAAGGGACAUUAUAGUAUUUUUUACAGGUUCUAAGCGCCAAAUCCUUACUUGAGAUGUGUGCAUGCAAUUUGAAUUUUCUGAAAAUGUUCCCAUUGACCUCAAUGGAAGAUUAUCGUGGAAGUCCGAGUUACGCAAUUACAUUUUAGGUAAGGAUUUGGACCUAUCGGAGGCUAAGUGUAACUUUAAGAGACAUUUUAGUGAGGUUCGAGAUUGUAUUCAUUGGUUGUGGCACAAUAGGUUGUCGCACAAAUGAAGAUAUCCUUGUGUAAAUGUCCUUUCUGGUCGUGUUCUACAUUAUAUACCAGUACAUAGUCCCAUCAUCAUCCCUCUGUGUUUGUUUGAAAUCUUUACACAUGAUACCACAAUGGCAAAGUCACGUGCACGGCACCUCAGCUAUCCAAGAGUGUGAGUGAAACCCACCCAAUAGACUCAUAUGGUCUGAAAACAGUCCUACGUACGCCAUCUAUAAGAUGGUACAUGCUUUAAGGCAAGCAAAAUAUGACCUGAUACAUUUACAAAGCUUACAGUGCAAGCACAUGUACAUGAUUGUAGCGUUUCAAAUGAAGAAUUCGGGUACAUGAAGAUGCUGGACACAAUGAAGGUUUUGAUUAUAGUGGAGAUAUUACAUGUAAAUGAACUAGCCUCUUAAGCUAUUUCCAAUUGGUUUAUAUUCUAAGAAUACACGGCAUAUCAUUGCUUUUCCUGUGCGGGUACGUAGCUCAAGGGCUUUUGGUUUUUGGUUACACCGUAUAUGCGCGCACGCACAUCUUGAUAUUCCACAGGAAAUGGUCUCAUCGAUCGUUCAUUUGCUGCUUUCCUUUUUUGUCAUUUUAAUAUAGUUACAAGUGUGGCUCAUCUUGUCAUAAUUACUAACCUAUAUCACUUUGUAAUGACUUACAAAACACCCUUCUUAUAAAUGCAUAAUAUGAUACAUAUUGUAACUUGAAACAAACUUCGAUUCGGAGUGCUUCUAGGGUCAUGUGAUCCUCGUGUGUAUUAUUAUAUACGGUACCUUGCAGUAUUUUGUAGUCGUAUUGUUUUGUCAUUUUUUUGUGGUUACAUACUGUAUAUCAAAGGUGUGAAAAAUAAAUAAAGUGUGUUGUGAUGCUAAAACGA